AUGUCCGGCAAUAUGUCGCCACUAGGAGAGACGACCACCCCAGACGACGACCUCUUCUUCUCUUCUCCUGGACUCCACUCCACGCAACGCGAUCCGCAAGACGAGGUGCAAGAGCUGGUUGAUAAAACGCGCAACAUGGCGGGUUUCAGUCCAGCCCUCAACAGCUUCAUGGCGCUUCACAAAGCUGCGUUCCUCGAGAUGUUCAAUCGCCAGCUGCAGUUGAUCAGGUCUCGUUCACAAGCCUUUGAAGAUGCUCACAUCACCGUCUUCGACAAAGUGCUUUUGGAGCUCACGCAGAACGGCACAGACUUGGACAACCCAGCGGCGAUCCAGUACUACUGCGAGGAGUACCUGGGCAUCAAUACUGGAGCAAGCUGUGAAGAGACCAGCCGAGUUCUUCAUCAGACCAUGGAUGUCCCCAAGUUGUUGACGAGAGAGAUGACCACCAACAACCCGAGAGAUACCGGUCGACGAAGCCUUGCUCCCGAGCCAGAACCAAGCGAUUCCGUCCACCAAACAGGCGCGAAACAAGACAAGGAACCACAAGUCGCGCGACUCCUGCAGGUUUACGAACGAGCCAAGGCAGACUACUUCGCCGUCUCCGGGGUGGAGGGCCACGAGACCAUCGAAGCAGCCAAGUUUCUUCGCGACACGGCCGAAAACACCCUCCAAUAUCUGAGCGACAAAGUCAUCGACCCGAACGCGCUGACCGAGCUGCAGUCGACGUUCAACAUGGCCAAGGCAACCGUGGUCUCCUUGUCCGGCGGCAAGAAGCGCAAGUUCGACACCGUCGAGAUGGACAGUCUCAGAAGCGCGCCGCGUGGUCCAGGUGGUGGUACUAAUGCAAGCGGUGCAGGAGGCUAUGGCUCAUCACAAGCAGGACGCCGUCGAUCGAACCCCUACCCGUCCAAGAGCUCCGACAGUGGCUAUGGAGGAGGUGCAUACACAUAUGAAGGCGGCGCAGCCAGGGACAUCAUGGACAGAGAUAGAGAUAGGGAUCGGGAUCGAGAAAGAGACAGAGACAGGGAUGAGCGCGACCGCAGCGAUGACGAGGCGUGCCGUUCACGAAGUGCAAGUCCGAGAGAGCGUCGUCGCAGCUAUGGGUACUCGAGACGAGAGGUGGACUCGUACAAGCCUCGCAAGUGA